ACGCAGGCUCUCGACGGGCGUGGCAUUUAUGAAGCCACGAUGCCUUCGGUUCCAUAAGCAGUCUGCUCUGCACAUUCAACACUCCAUAUCGUAUCAUCUCUAAUUACCAAAUGAGAUCAUCUUCAAUUAGGCCAGAGUCGCGCUCCAUUUGUCCGCUCCCUCAACUACAAUAGUUACUCUACUCUCAUAAGUUGAAACAUCUGAACAGAAACACACCUCCCUACCGUCCAGCAUGGCGCCAUUCAGAAUCCUCAUCAGCGGCGCAGGGAUCGCCGGCCCCGCCGUCGCCCUGCUCCUCGCCCGCCACCGCGACUGCGCCAUCACCAUCAUCGAGCGGGCCGCCAGCCUCCGCAGCACGGGCCAGCAGAUCGACCUGCGCAACCAGGGCGUGCCCAUCAUGCAGAAGCUGGGCCUCGAGGAGGCCGUGCGUGCCCGCAUCGUCAAGGAGGAAGGCACCAGGAUCAUCAACCGCGCCGGCGCCGAGCUCGCUUUUAUCCCCGCCCUGCAGACCGGCUCGGGCAAGCAGAGCCUGUCGUCCGAGUUUGAGAUUAUGCGCGGCGACUUGGUCGACGUGCUGUACCAGGCGACCAAGGACCUGGACAAUGUCAAGUACGUGUUUGGCAGGACGAUCGAGAGCCUCAUCGAGGGCGGCGACGGUCCCAUUGGCGUCGGAUUGUCCGACGGCACCACGCACGAGUAUGAUCUCGUGAUUGGCGCGGACGGCGUGGGCUCGCGGACGCGCAAGCUCAUGCUCGCUGGCGGGGAGGAACAGGACAAGCAGGUCCGCCAGGCGACCGGGGUUCAGCUCGCGUUCUUUACGAUCCCCGUGGAGAAGGACGACUCGCGUGCCUUCACAAUCUGCAGGUCGACCAAGGGCCGACACUUGAUGACGCGCCGGGACAGAGACGACGUGCUGCGCGUGUUAUUCAUGGCACACGUCGGGCAGGCCGCCAGCGGAGGAAAGGGAGAUAGCGAGGACGACAGGCUCCGCGCGCAGCUGCACGCCGCCAACCGCAGCGGAGACCUCGAGCAGAAGAAGAAGGCCUGGGCGGCUUACUAUGCUGACGCUGGCUGGCAGGCCGAGCGGUUUACACACGCCUUGCUGCACAGCAAGGAGGCAGACGACCUGUACGCUCAAGAGCUGCAGAGAGUGGUGCUUCCCCCUGGAGCCUGGUCGGGCCGCAACGGGCGGGUGACUGUUGUCGGGGAUGCGGCGUGCUGUGUGGCACUGAACAGAGGACUGGGCACGACGGUGUCCUUUGUCACGGCCUAUACCCUUGCCGGUGAGCUUGCGAGGCACUGCAUCCCUCUUAAGGGCAGCGGUGCAGGCGCAAAGCAGCAGCCGACGCGGGAGAAUCUGGAGCAUGCCCUGGCCGAGUACGAGAGGAAGACCCGCGUCCUGACGGACCCGGUACAGAAGGGCAUGCCGGGCUGGGUACGAUCAAUCUUCAUGCCGGAAACGGAAACUGGGCUCAGAUUCACGGAGAUCUUGAUCCGGUGGUUAGUUCCCGUGGGCAGGUGGUUAUUCAGUUGGAUGCCAGAGGACAAGCCAGAGGACAUAGCGAAGCAAUAUGCCUGGCACGACUAUCCCGAGUUGGAGGGGAAGGAUUAAUUGUUGGCAAUCUUCAAAUUGUUUCGUCAAGUCGUGGUUUCUUUCAUCAAGACACAAUCCCCUUCCGCACUCAUUGUUUAUAGAACCCCUACUCAUUAUGCAAGCAAAUAUGAAAUUUGAAUGCUCUACGAGUCACACGUAAUCUGACACGAUUUGAUCGAUCGUGCGACGACCAGGCAUAACCUGCAGCACAGGUUCCAUAUCUAAUAGUCAAGAC